AUUUUAUAAGAAUUUAUGAGCGAUACUGAAUCUGAAGGCAACAAGAUGCAUGAAAAGGGCUUAGCUAGCAAGAUUAUUAAGGCCAAGAAGAAAAAGAAGCAGGUCUUUAUGGAGAACUCUGUCCCAACUCUUGUUGAGCUUGCUAUAGAUGUCGUUGCAGACAAUAUCACCUUGUAUCCUGACCUAAACGGUGUCUAUGUAGAACAUAUCAAGGAAAAUAUCAUUCAGCAAUGUUCUAGAGAUAUUCCAGUCAAAGUUGCUGCUAGAAAUAUUGACUAUGAGUUUUAUUGGGAAGACUGCUGCGAUGCUAAGAUCCCUAACUGCAAAAGAGAGAAUCAUGGCAAUUCUUAUAAGCAAAUGUUUAUUGAAAAGUAUUUGGAAGAUCUGUUAGAGAAUUAUAAGCAAGAUCCUAAUGCAAAGGAAACAAGUGAUAUGGAGAAAGAUGAGAACCUAAAGAACCUUAUUCAGGAGAUCUCUGCCUGUAGAUAUGAUUGCUUUAGUCUUAACAUCACGCAAUUAUUGUCACAUUUGGAUAUGAGUAUCGUAUUUGACAACCUCCCUAAUUUAUCUUACCUCAGUUUAACUUAUGGAGCUAAACAUGUUGGAAUGGAGUAUGACAGACAAAGAUUUGGAAUGAAAAUGCAAGAUGCCAGGAUUUUCUCUGAGUGUCUUAGAAAGAGCCAUUCACUAGUGAAGCUAGCGCUCCCAUGCAAUCUAAUUGAUGAUGAAUUGAUUAACAUUUUGUUCAAAGGACUGAUGAUUAACAAGACCAUUUCCCAGUUGGACCUAUCUCAUAAUAGAAUAGGAAAUACUGGAGCAAUGAAGAUAGCAAAGUUCUUGGCUCAUACUCAGAUCUUGACACACCUAGAUUUAGGAGACAACAGCAUCAGUUAUCAGGGGUCUAGGUUCCUUUCCCAAGGUAUUGCUAAUAACAACUCCUUAAGAGUUUUGUCUCUUUAUUUAAAUGAGAUCGACGACAAGGGAGGAAUGAAAUUUUGUCAGGAGCUAAAGGGAAACAACAAAACUCUCCUAGAGCUAAACCUUAGAGGAAACUCUCUCCAAGGAGAGUUCGCCAGGGCUUUAGCAGAGUUGAUCCUUGAUACUAACCUGACUAAGAUAGAUAUCUCCUGUAACUUGAUCAAGAACAAAAAAGAUGCAAUUGCAAUUUUAGAUUCUCUGAAGGACAAUCCUAAUAUUAUCGAAUUUGAUAUCAGAAACAACAAAAUCAAAGAUGUUGAUGUUGAAGAAGAGAUCAGUGAUGUUGUAUUCCAGAACUUUAUCAACCUGGAUAAAUCAGUUAAGAUCAAUAUUCACAGCAAAGAGGAUGGCAAAGCUUAAUGUGAAGUACAAUUAUUGG